UACUAUUUAUACUUUAUUAAUAUCAAGUUAUUAACUGUCUCAGUGACAUUCGCGAAACAACAAAAUGGAGUAUUGGAAUAUCUUGUUGAGAUUGACACAAAAUUUCUUAGUUUACGCCAUUUUGCGAGCGGCUUUCAAAAUUAUUUGGCCUUCGAUGAGCAAACUGAAAGCUCAAUUAAUGAAAAAGGCUAUUCAUAAAUAAUCCUGCUUUUCUGACAAAAUUUAAGUACUAAAUAGGUAAGCUCAAACAUGUUGGACAAAGAGGCUUUUUUGACGAACAAUAGAAGAGAUUAUAAAUGGCAUUUGAGGACUCCCAUCGCACCUAUUCCAUCUCAGCCCCCUUUGCGAACUAAACCUAACAACUGCUAUGUUGCUCGAUUGGUUGAACCAUAUUGCCACUGUGACUUCCAUUUGUAUGAACCAGAAAUGGGUAGAUACAUGAAGCUGGUUAGAACAGAAAACCAUCUCCACAAAGUACUGCACAGUCUGAGCAAAAAGAUGGCCAUUCUAAAAAGCAGUGUAUUAGACCAUCCUUGCGACAAUGAUGAUGAAAAAAUGGAGACUCUUUUUCAAAUUAAUUACCUUAAAAAAGGUUCACCUGUGGCGAAAUACAGGAAGCUACGUGCAGCAAUAGAUUCUCCAUUCGGUGUUCCCGUGAAAGGAGAGGUACUAGGUUUAGGAAGAGGCUAUAGGGAUCCGUUCAAAUUUAGGCAUAGUUGUUUCCCUAAACCACGUGUGCACCCAGCUCCUUGUGUUACAUACCAAGCUACCCCCAGUCCAGUAGACGAAUGGUUCAAGCUUCAAACUGGUACUACAGAGUACCACGAUACCAUCAAUCAUAUGGGAUAUAAUUUAAUAAAGAAUAGGCAGCAGUAUAGAGAACCUUUGAUGACCUCAAGGCGAACUGAUAAUGAGCCAUGCAGAUAAUAAUGUUUUGAAA